AUGGCACAGCAUCAAGACCUAAAAAGAAAAGGAGGUGCUGAUCCUGAUCAUCAGAUGUCAAGAAAUCAUGCCCCUCCUCCUCUAAGUAUUGAAGUGCCUAAAAUGAGUGAUCUUCCAAACAAGUCAAACCCUUGGAGUGAUGACCAGCUUCCUGUUGACAUUCUUUUGUUGACAGUCGAAGACUCGGAGUUCUUAGCUUGUUAUACUUUCUUGGAAAAUUCUUUUAAAAGUUAUGACCCAACCCUGGGAUAUGUGUACUUUGGGACCAUGGGUGAACGUGGAGAAGAGGCACUGAAAGUUGCUUUGAUGAGAUGUUAUAAAGGUUCUUCUGGUCCAGGUGGCUUUCAAAAUGUUAUUAAAAAUGCAGUGAUGAAACUGAGACCCAAGGCUGCUUUUUCUGUUGGUGGAUGCAUGGGUUUAAAAUCAACAGACACUAAGCUAGGAGAUGUAGUGGUAUCCUCUAAACUGUCAACUGAAGAAUUCACAACUCCAGUAAGAAGAAAUAUUGGCAACCUUAACUUGUUUGUAACUGAAGGCUGGAAGCCACCAUUAAAAGAUCCAGUCGGGGAAGAAACAGUACAGGUUCACCGUGACAGUGAAAUAUUCAGUGGUAGUCAAUUCAUCACCAAACAACGCCGUAUGUCUCAAUCACACGUGAUUGCAGUUGAAAGAGACGGGGAAGGUAAGCUGAUUAUAAUAAUAUUACUAUUAUAACAAUUUGAUACUAGCAUUGGAUUUGAUCAGAGGCCUGAAACUCUAAAUUGUCCCUCAGACGCAGCUUGUGAUCAUGGCAGUACUGUACAGUACCUAAUAUAUUGCCAAUCAUAUUUGACUAUGGGACUGCAUUGACAGUAUGAUUUAAGGUUAUUGUGGGGUGUAUAGUUUAUUAUAUUAUUAUUGUGCCAUACAGGAACAUAAAUUACUAUUGAGCUUAGAAGAUUAUAAAUUACAGUCACUACGCUCAAAAUUCUGAGCUAAUUAGCUGUGCUAGAUUCUUGUUCAUAGAGGAUUGAAUAUUAGGAUGCAUCACCUAUUUUUUCUUCCCACUUACAGGACUGUUUGCUGCAGCUCAUGAUAUGAACAUUGAAUGGGUGAUUGUUAAAGGGAUAUCACAUUUUUCCGAUGAUAGCAACGCUUCUGAUAAGUCCUGGAAGUCUUUUGCUUCCAUCAUGGCAGCUUCUCUUGUGUCCAACAUGUUAAAUGAUCCAGUUGUUUUUAAAGAAUGGCCUCACUAUGAAGGUUUGCGACUUCCCUGUUCUAAUGAGUGGUAAUAAAUAAAUUAUUAAUAGUGAUGAAUUUUCUGUUCAGAUAAUUAUUUUUGUGUUGGCUGGUUCAAUAUUAUCCUUGAAAAUGAUUGUCAAACGACGGCCUGCAAAUAUCAGUAGAUGAAGUAACUUUUCUCCGAAAGCGUACUCUAUAAGUUUUUUUUGAGUUAGUUAAACUAAUGAGAAUAUACGCCUCCUAUCUAUUAGAUGCCCCCAAUGGUUCAAGUUUUUCUCUCUGUUUGAAACUCAAAUACAUAUAAUAUUAAAAUACCAAAUAACAAAGACCAAAAGUAAAAUUUGUUUUGAGGGGAGUUUUAAUUUAUAAUUAACACUUUUUUCUUCAUAGACUUGACAGCAAAGAAUCAGCCAGAGACAACCACAGAGCCAGACAAACAGAGACCAGGUACUAUUCCAUCAAUGUAAUUACACUAUAAAUCCAGGAGUUUUUUCAGAUUAAAUGAUUGAACACUGGAGUUUCACUUAUAUAAACAUUGAUCUUUUAAAGUUGUUUGUCACAUCUGAGCCCUCUUUCACUUUUUUUAUUUACAAAUAAUAUUGCAGUAAGACAGGUCUUUGCCAAAGAGAGCAGUCUUUUUUUGUCUGAUAUUUAAUUCCUUCCCCCCCUCAAAAAAGAAUUUGCUGACAAAUGCCAUUUGAAGCCAGUCAGACGGCUUUCUGGUCAGUAUCUGGCCAAAAAGAACCAAAACUGCCCAAAAUACUGUAUUUCCUCAAAUAACAGCCGGGGCAAUUAUUUCUUUUUUCGCCUCAAUAGGGGGCAAUUAUGUGAGGGAGGCGAUCAUUUCAAAUAUUGCUCACUGGAAGUCGUACCCUAAAUAUUUUGUUAUAUUAUCCCAUUAAAUAAAAAAAUUAUCACAUCUGAAUAAACUGAUCAAUAUGGGCUUUUUAAGUGUUCCAAAUUUGGUUCCUUGAUUGUAAUUUUAAGAGCUUGAAUUGUCACUGAUCAGUUUUGCUGGAUCAGAUUCCACUUCAACUUGACAGGAAGUUGAUAAAAGAAAGUAAAGAUGGCAUGAGGGGUGGGAAGGGGGGUGAUUAUUUGAGGGAGGUGAUUAUUUUAAAUAUUUCCAUCAAAGGGGGGCAAUUAUUCAAUAGAGGCGAUUACUCGAGGGAUGGGUAUUAUAAUUCAAGGAAAUGCGGUGCUUUAAAAUCAAACACCAUGUACAAUGCCUUUUGUUCCUUAUGCUAAUUAUUAAUGUCAGUUUUGUUUUGAAAAGUGACACAAAUCACUCAACUUUUCCCUUUUCGCUUCCUUGCCCCGUGUUUUCUCUUAAUGUUGGACAUUAACUAAGGCUUCAUUUUGGUGAGACAGACAUUGUUUUAAGUGAAACAAGGUUCCCUUAUCUUCUUAAAAACCCUGGGGGGGUGGACUUUAGGAAUUUCUGGGUGGGGAUUGCCGCUGGGACCCUGGAACCCUUAACCUUUACCAGAGCUAGUUGAGCUGAAUUUUGCUACCCUAUACUGGAGUAAACUCCCCAAAUCCCCCUAUCCUAGAGUAGCUGUCUCCCUUGUCCAGAUAAAAUCUUGAACCAACUGAUCAGUUUCGUGAAAAAUGUUACCCUAUUCUAGACCCAAACGCUCUGAUUUAUAUACCCUAUCCUAGAGUAAACUGCCUGAAAACCAUACCCUUCCCAGCGGAAUGGCAGUACCCCCCCCCCCCCCACCCCGGGUGAAAACCUACUCGUCUUUGUUUCAGUUGUCUUUGAGUUAUGUGUAAAGGCCUCUAUUAAUUUAGGAAUUGCCCAAUUCAAUUGAUAGUGAUGUUGCGAAAGGGACCGUCCACUUCCAAACUUUCCACUGGUACGGUAUAUUCUAUUGUCAUCCACCAAACCCCACUAAAAAGAUUAUAAAAGGAAAGAUCACUAAGACUUGCUUGCUGAUUUAAAUCCACUGGACAAUAUCAAAUGACCACUGGGCCAUUCCUCAUGCUGUUUCCUUUCAUUAAUUUGUAUUAUUUUAUUCAUGAUAUUUCUGCAAAUUGACUGUCCACUCCUCUUGUAAAAAAAUAUAUAGUUAUUUAAAAAUUUUCUUGGAAAUGAUAAAAAAUUCUUGAUAAUAGAUUCUGUAUGCCUUGAGGAGUGCCAGAAACAGCUGCGAUCACUUUAUGAAACCAGUAGUAAAGUCAGAAUCAUUCCAUGGGACCAGAACUCUGCUGUUGAUAUUGACAAGAUCUACACAGACUUGUCUUGGAUCAUGGAUGACAGGACCCCCUGGGGAGUGAUACAAGAAAAGCUUGACCACUACACUGAGAUUUUUGCUCACAGAGAAGCUCGUCGUGCACCCAAGCGAAUUUUGGUUUAUGGACAACCAGGUAAGUGACCGAAUGAAGUAAAAAAUUUAAUUCUCUUAAUAGAGGAUAAAAUAUAAGUACAUGCAAAAGUCACAUACAAUAACAGUAACACAGAAACCAUUGGUCCACUGGCAUUAAAUUAAUCGACACAAGGUGUUAGCAAAUGCAUUGUAUCAGCUAGUGAUGUACGGGGUUCUUGAGUGUUUUGCUGACAUAUUGCACAUUCCAAGUGGGGUAGAUUGUUACCAUGCAUGCUGUCAAACCAAAUGAAAUGUUUGGUCUGUUGCUGUUAUAAAUAAAAUAAAAGUUGAAAAACAAAGUUUUUCUGUUAAUCAGUCUGAUAAUAAACAAUAUAUUUAUGGGCUUUACAGCAAUCAUGACAUGCACUCUAGGCUCCAAUAGUGUUGUAAUUAUGGUUAAAAUAUUGUGACUCAAUUUUAUCUAAAAUUCAAGUUUAUUUAAUGCCGAGAGCUAAAAGAAUAAAACUAAAAAGAAAUCAUGACUGACAGUUUGGCCCAGUUGGUUGAAGGCUGAUCAUUGCUUGCAACAUGGGGUUAAAUUUUAUCUGAAGGUCUGGAUCUGCCACUGUUAACCUGGGUUUCUUUUUGUGUUGAAUUAUGAAAAGCAUUUUCUUAGAUUUUUCUCUACUCUUUUUAGAUGAUCUAAUCAUCAAAUUUUAGACAAAAAGAAUUAAACUGAAAUUUGGUAUUUAAGCUUUCAUAUCUGAAAUUAUUCAAAUUUUGCGCUAUCCCUGGCUUAUCUUAACCCAGCCUUGAACAACUGGGCCCUAAAUAGUCUGGAUAUUUCACAGUUUUGUGAAGGAUUUAUUUCCAUUGUCUUCAUCAUGAAUAAUUUUGAAUAGUAAAUGAGACACCAUUUUUGAUGAAUAUAACUCUAGUCUCUAAUCAAAGCUAAGAAUUCCAAAAUGACCCCUUUGAGUCAGGGAAACAUCUUUUUGACAUAACUUAAGAGACAAAGUUAAGGCCACCGAUAUCUUGCUCACUCUUCAUAUGAUAUAAAAAAUUAAUAGAAUAAAUAAUUUCUCUCUAAGUUUUAUAAAAAUUAUCAAUUGAAAUUUCAAUAUUUUAGAUUCCACUUCACGUGACUUCACAUGAUAAAAGUAAAACCAAUCUUUUGACAGUUUGCUGUUAUUGCCACCUAGGUAUUGGCAAGACUGUUUUCACGAAGAAAGCAACUUUUGACUGGUCCCAGCAGAGAUAUUCAGAAACAUUAGGAGCAUUUGAUCUUGUCCUUCUGGUGAGAUUACGUGAUGUUAGUAAUCUCCAAGAUGUUCCGUCCAUUCUGAGGGCUUCUGAAGUGCUGGAUAGUAAUGGUGCAAUUUCCGUACACAACCUGUAUGAUUACAUUUGUCGCCAUCAAGAAAAAGUCUUGCUUAUCUUGGACGGCUACGAUGAAUAUGUUUACAGUUCAAAAAACGAGUCGCCUGUUUUCAAAAUCUGGACAAAAAACCAAUUAAGAGAUUGUUGUGUUGUAAUCACUUCAAGGGAAAUGAAAGCUGAGACGUUGAGAAACGGUAGUGAUGCUCAAUUCAAAAUUGACGGCUUUAAUUAUCAGCGCCAAGAAGAGUUCGCUCGUAGAUUUUUGAAAGAUGAUGAAGAUAUUGAAGAGUUUUUUAUGUACUUAUGGCAGCACAACCUAAGGGGACUAGCACAAAUUCCCCUACUGCUCUUAAAGUUGUGCUUGCUCUGGACAAAAACAACACGUGAAGAACUACCAAAAGAACGCGCAGACAUCUUCGCCCAGUUAAUGACAACCAUGUUUGAUCACAUGUGUGAAAAAAAGUCUGCUGAAGAAUCGGUUUCUGCCAAAGAUUACUCCGAUGAAUUAUACGCAUUAGGACGCUUGGCCUUUGAAGCCCUUUUGCAAGGCCAGCUUUAUUUCCCUGUUAGUCAGUUACCUGCUGGCUACAGUUUGAUCGAGAGGCUGAUUGAAGUCGGCCUUUUUCAGGUUUUAAAUAUGGCGAGUUUGAAUCGUGAAAAAGGCGUGUACUUUAUUCACAAAUCCGUUCAAGAAUACCUAGCUGGGAAUUUCUUGAAAGAAGAGCUGACAUCUAAAAAGGCUGAAAGUACAAAUUCCCUCUUAAAGUUGGACUCAGUUAAAAAGAUCCGAGAGAUGUUCGAGGUUUUAAAAUUUGCUGUUGAGUUGUCAGAAGAAGCCGCGCGCGACAUUCUGAUUCAACUUAGAAUGGCGGCGAAGAAAGAAGAACUGACAGAGUUCAAAUUCGACAACGAAACACCGUCAGAGAAGGACUUGUCAAAAGAACAAACAGAUUUUUUUAAUCUUUGUAAUCAGUUAUUUUUCUACUGCUCAGCUGAGACAAGAAAAAACCUCUUUCCUACAUUUCUUUCCUCUUUCGGAGGAGUUCUUGUAAUUGAUGAAAAGCAGCUAAAUGUUAUCGUACAGGAAAAAUUAGUUCAAACUACCGAAACACCCAACCACGUUUUUUUUUAUUAUAAAAAGUAUACAGAGCAGGACUACAGUAAUUUAAUCAUUUUAACACAACAAUUAAACGCAGUUAUUGUUAGCUCUGCAGGAGAAAAGAAAGCAUCAGAAUUUUUAAGCAACUUAACAUGGCGUAGGAUUGAUGAAUUUUUUUUAAAGAAAGAAGAAAACAACACUCACCUUUAUUUAGCUAAAAUUGUUAAAAAACAAAAUGAAGAUGAAGAAAUUCCUUUUCCUUGUGAUAUAAUAAAGGCGCUUAUUAGUAAACAAGAGACAACAAAGAAGACAAACAUGAAUGGUGAUGAGUCAAGUGAAGAGAGCAGCAGCAGCUGUUGUUCAAAGCGUCAUGGUCUCUCCAGGGUUUGGAGGAUUGAAGCUCAGCGGGUGAACAGGUCACAAGUGGAACUGAUGAGUGAGAUGAUGCCGUUUAUCACCGCUCCACACGGGAUACUGGUUUGGGGUAAAUACGGUGAAGUGUUUGAUGCUGAGGUAACAGAGUCUCUGCUGAGGAGCAUCCAAGUAACACACAAACUGAAGAGAUUAACACUCAAUGUAACAUCAUCACCUGCUGUGGAGUUCAUCAACAAUUUAUUUAAAAAAGCACCAAACUUGGAGUGGCUCGACAUGUCAUUCAAUCCUCUUCUGGGUGCAGGAGUAGACAGCUUGAUUAAACAUCUCAGCUGCGCUCCUCACCUGGAGGAACUGGGGCUUUACAGAGUGAAGAUGACUCCACAGCAGGUGAUGAAUCUGUCAUCAGCCAUCAAGCAGCACGGCAACAUCACUAUACUGUGGUCAUUCUACCACGUAAGUUUUCCAACUUUAUCGCAAUUUGUUUCUUUAUUCUUUGUUUACAGUUUAUUUCUACUCAGCUCUUGCCUUUUGCCAUUUUCCUUUCUUUGUCAUUUUUAUACUCGCCAAAACACGAGAUUUACUUUUGAAAACAAAUCACAAACUUUAGCAGAUUCAAAGUAUCAUUUCAAAUUCAUUCCCUUCAACUGAUUAAACUAAAUCCAAAAAAUGUUUUAACCGAGAACAAGUAAAUUAAUCUGAAGGUGUUUUCACUGUGCAAAGUAAUGGAUCAGCGAGCAGAUAUGAAAUUUCUCUUCGAGUCUGGUUCAACUCGAUAUGAGCUCACUUAACAAACUUGUGAUAUAUGUAUUAACACAAAAAUUCCAUAGUAUUAAUUUCUCAAUCAAUUUUAAUUCAUUACUUUUCAUAAAAUGAUGAAUAACAAGCAUAAAAUCAAAAAAUGUUCUGUUCAUGUUCGACAAUUCAAACAAACAAAAUUUGCAAAAAUCAAGAGAAAAAAAGUUAACCACUUACAGUUUCACUUAUCGCUAAGGUUUUCGUAAAAUCAGCAAAACUCAAGUAAAGUUUCUUUGAGAGUCCAGAAAACGAAGAAGUCUUUUUAGAGCUGUCCUUUUGUUUGAAUGUCCCUUGCGUUUCGGUAAAUGCUUGUCCUCCCGUAAAUAACCACACUGUAGCGUAGGUUUUUGAGAUAGCGUUCCACAAAAAAUAUAAUUCCUCUGAGACACUUUGGUUGGAAUUUAACACCAUAAUUUAAUCACAGGUAAAAGCACUCCUACAUGGUACAAGCUGUCUAUUUUUGUCGGUUACUUGUUUUCCAGUUUUACGACGAACACAACAAAUCCUGCGUCACUUUGCGUCGUGUAUGAAUGAGUUGAAGUUCAUAAAUGUAGUUUCCUUUAGCUUGCAUAAAUCCUUUGUCAAAUUCCUGAGCACAGAAGACGAAUUUUUCUCUUAACUGGCGUUUUACGGUGUUUUCUCAUUCUUUUUGAGUCCAUCUUUGCGUUGAAAAUUUUCUUUGAUGAGCAAACUGAACUGAAGUGAAAAACAAACUACAAAAUCAUCAAACUGUCAUUCAAAGUGGCGUGAGAGAAGGCUUGUGACGUGGCGACAGCUGAUUGGUUAUAUAACUACCCACGUGGUAGAAUUUUCCCGCCUUUCGUUUGGCAGCGCAGCCAGCGUUUCCUCAGACGAGACGCAGGUUUUUUUGCGCCUCCCCUCCCAACCCCCACUAAGGAAAAACUGAUCUGUGAGAAUUUUAUCAGACCAAGAGUUAAUAGAAGAAAGGGCUCCAAGGUUUCAAUAAUUCGCACAUUUUUAGAGUAUAUUAUUUGCUUUUGUUGUUUUGAAAGUCGUGCAUGCAAAUUUUAGGGGUUGAAAAGUAGAAUGUGGUCUUUAAGCUGCGAGCACCUUUAGAGUUGCGUCCAAGAAGUCAGAUGUAUUUUUUGUUGCUUUUGUCGUUUUCCCCUCUUUUUCGUAUUUUUAACUCCUUUUUUCAACAGAACUUUAGUUCGUGAGGCCCUUGCUUUUUCUGUAUGUAGGUAAUUUCUAAUCACUAUUAAACGGCACAAAAAUUCGGAAAUUUGGGGUUGACAAGGAAAAAUCAGGAACGUCUUGCGCAGCAAUCUAAAGGGUGGUUUACACUAGCGACAGAGUCGGAGUUGGAGUCGUAAGAUCGCUUAUGACCUAGUGAAAAUCAAAAAUCGGAGUCGUAAGCAGAGUAACCUGAGAUCUGGCUGAGUUGAUCUAACCUGAGUUUCGCUUUGAAAAUUACAUUCGGGCGGCCAAGACGAUUUUUUUAGCGGUAGCCGUUAGAGAGAAUGCAUGAGAACCGCUAAAAUGGGGCCUGAUCUCAGGUUAUAAGCGGCGUCAUAAGCGCGCCGGAACCGGAGUCAGAAGAAUUAGAGCGUUUCCAUUUCUUCCGACUCCGCUUACGUUCCGCUUAUGAUCAAGUGAAAACCAGAUUGUCGGAAUCGGAAGCAGAAGCAGAAGGAUAAACCAAUCCCGAUGCACGUUCUCACGCUUUGUGAUUUGUUUGGUUCUUCCGCUUCUGCUUCCGACUCUGACAAUCUGGUUUUCACUAGAUCAUAAGCGGAACUUAAGCGGAAUCGAACGCUGUUUUUACUAGAUCAUAAGCUCUACGCUUUUGAUUACGACUCCGACUCCGACUCUGUCGCUAGUGAAAAGCAGCCUUAAUUUUGAGACACUCACAAGAAAGUUUUUUAGCGCAGCGGUAUUCGCAAGACCAUUCAGGACAAAAUUACUGUUUAGGGCAUGCGGAUUUUAAGACUUUGAACUAAAUAAGGCCUCGGAACGGAUUGCAAAAUGAGCGAAAUCUCUUGUUUAGUCCUAAAUAUAACUAAAUUAAAGAAGAAAAACGUCUUUGUCGCAAGCAGAAAUUUCUAUAGUACUUCUUUGACUAUGUGUUGUAGAAAUGACCUCUCUUCGGGGUGGAAACAUCUUGAGCUUUACUCAGGUUGGUCUUUAAGUCCCAAGAGUGAUCAACAUGAAUUUUCCCUUACCAAUAUCAAAACAUUAUCAAAAGAAAAUGUUAGGAGAAGUGGUAAAUUGAUGAACAAAGGAGAAGUACUUUGAUCUUUUAUCAAGUUCUCUCAACUAAUUCUAUAAGGCAAUGUAUGGAAAUUAGUGUGGAGAAUUUGUAUUUUUAUAUUGGGGCUUAAAGGGUUAAUGGUAAAUUUCUAGUUGUCCGAUGAGCAUUCACGUCCCCAUCUCAUAGUAGUUAACCCCCGGGGGUUAUUUUUACCCUUUCAUUGCUUAUCACUUAAAGAAAGGUUUUAAAAUCUAGACUACACUUUCGAUCUUUUAACGUUGCUUUAAAAGUUAAAUGGUGCUAGUGUUAUUUUGUGAUUUGUUGUAGGAUCAUAAAGGGAAUCCCAAGCCUGAACAUGAAUGGCCAUCAGAAGACUAUUGGAAAGAGUGUUACCCCAGUCUCUUUUCUCACUCAUCAAAUAAAUCACAGCCGCAAAAGCAACAGGUUGGUCAUCAACUUUGGCAAAAGAAAAUCGAGUAUAAUAUUUCUUGAGUUCUGUUAUUUCUUGGAAAAAAACUCAAAAAGCUUUUCAGGAGUUCACUUAUUAUAAACUGAAACUGGCGGAACAGGAAAUGUGUUUUAUAUCAUAGUAUUUUCAGGCUUUAGCUUUUUUUUCUAGUCGCGAUUUCAUAAAAACUGAGUCAAAUCAAAACGGUGCAGUUGAAUAUAAGUCUUACUAACAAUAACAAGUUAUUUCUGUGGUCUUAGGCUCUUAGCUCACUUCAUCUAAGAAGUGAGCUAAGUCAUACCGAAACCGACGGUUCUCUUACAACGAUGGCUUUUAGUUGUGGAAGUUACUCUCCGAACAAUAUUGCAACGGACUGCAAUCGGUUUCGGAAAUACCUCUGGUUUUGGAAACGACCUGAAGUUUCCUUCAUACGUUUUUUACCGUUCGGGAAGUCGAUUUAAUCGUGCACUUUGAAAAAACUUGCUGAUUUUCGUACGUGAAGUUUAUACAAGCCGGGAGAAAAUGUGGAUCUUUGAAAUGUUUAUUGACUUGCAAAUUUCACCGCUACGCUGUAGUAGAGCAUUUUACGCAUUUUAAAGAAACGUGGAGCUUGAGGCUUGGAUCAAACCAGUCAAUAGUAGACUGAGGUUCUGUCUUUGUAUAGUCUUGUUUUCAUUUCUAACAGAAGAGUUUUUAUAGCUCAAUCAUCUUAUUUUCUCAUCAACUCCUAUCCUGUUUCAGGCGUUUAGAUAGUGGAAAGUGCCACUCUCCACUAUCUGAAAGCCUGGAACAGGCUCUGAUCAACUCUUGUUUUCUUUUACCACUCGUACAGAUUCCUGCAGAGACUCCCCUCAGUAUUCACGACUCACCAUUCCCCGCUGACGAUCAAGACACCGUGAGAAGAACAUUUUUAGCGCCUCCUGAUCCUACCGGUAAGGUUUCUUGUCCCCAGCCCCCCGCUCCCAGUUCCCUGCCUUCCCAAUCACAGAUGUAACAAAACCUAUUGGCGAUUAACGCCCUGAGCACUAAUAAGAAGUUGUGCAUAACUUCGUUGCGCUCAAAAGUCAGUUUUGUUUUGUGAUAUUGCCUUCUUUUUAAUAAUUGCGGUGUAGACGUGCGACAAGUUGCUAUUGUCACAUUCUGUCCGUAAUUUUGAUGAAAGAAAUCGGACGUCAAGGACUAUGUUUAUUCAUUAGUUUGUUUAUAGACCAAAAAGGUUCUCUACGCAGCACUACCCGGCAUAAGCAUUUAACGCACCUGGCCUUGCUGCCAUAUACAGAAACGAAAAGCAUGUUAGAACAGUCACUGAGGAAGUUUAAAAGGAAAAGAUCCUGUUCCAAUGUAGACAUUUUCCGGUGUUACCUAAAGUGAGCGAUGUUUGCACUUAUGAUUAUUUAAACGUACGCAGUAAAAUGAGGGGGCAUAACCUUAAGAAAGGAUAAAUAUUCUAGAAGUCUAUUAGUCUGAAAUCGAUGGUUUCCUUUAUACGUUACGUUACGUGGGAUCCUUAUUUCUUCCUUUAGCUGAUCCAAUGUUAGCAGGGCCGUCCAUUCCUACUCGUGGGAUGCUAAUUUCUACCUUCUUUUCCCUUAACAGUUGAACCGAUGUUAACAGAGGCAUCUAUUCCUACAGCGCAUGGAUCCAGCCACGGUCUGGUACCUCAAGUUCAGUAUUCAGAGCAUUUUUCCUUACCAGAUAUCCACACCCAUCAUCACAGUGCCCCGUCCACCAUCUUUACACCUAGAGAAUCUUUGUCUACCGAUCCGUAUCUCAUCAGUGGUCCUGGCCCUUCUACAGUCACACAGGAAGAGCCCAUUGAUGAGGUAAUGAUGCCGGACAAGAGCGAUGGGCCGGAUUCAUAUUGCUCUUCUUGUAUAUUAAUUAGUUUGAAACAGUGUUAA